AGUAUCUGCCCUCCCCUUUUUGGAGGUAGAUGGGAGGAAGUGGGCUAGGAAAUGAAAUAUCAGCUCUUAACCUCGGGUCAGCAGGUGGAAGGGGUCUCAGAGAAGGAGAAGUCUCGUGCCUUGUCACCCUGUGCAUCCACCCAAAGCAGCAGAGAGGUGGCCAUGGCUUUUUCCAGCUACACUGCCAUGUUCAGAUCACUGUUUUUGGUGCUGAUUCUAGCACUCACUGUAAGGAGCUCACCCCAUAAGAAGGUAGUUCAUGCUCAACCCAGCAAGGCUGGUGCCUCUGUGAGGCUGAGUGAAGAUUGCCUGAACCAAAGAGAUCCCAAAUUCCCCACAUCAGUGGAAGUCAACAUUCGUAUCAUCAAGUCACAUCAUGCCUUUAGGAUGGUCCACGAUAUCAGGAACCGAUCUCUCGCUCCUUGGGAUUACAGGCUCGACGAGGACCCCAACCGCUUCCCCCAGGUGAUUGCUGAAGCCCAGUGCCGCCUCUCUGGCUGUGUGAACCCCCUGGGGCAGGAGGACCACAGCCUCAACUCCGUCCCCAUCAAGCAGGAGAUCCUCGUCCUGCGGCGGGAGCAGCAGGGCUGCCGGCCCACCUACCGCCUGGAGAAGAAACUCAUCACCGUGGGCUGCACCUGCGUCACUCCAGUCAUCCGCCACCACUCCUAGGAGGAAUCAGUAGGGCAGGUGGCACUGGGAAGAAGCAGUAUAUCUACAGACACCCCUCUGGUGAAAUCCCACAGUUGCCCACUGUGAAUCCCAGGAACUCAACAUGACAUCGCCCUUCCAAACCUGAGCAAAUUGCCUCCUG